AUGGUUAUGUUCAUGAACUUUUAUGGUCUUCAGACCAGAUAGUCUUGUAAAGGUGUAGCACGGAGUUUACUGCUCAUUUCACUUUCAUUCUCUUCCUUUUUGUAUCUCCUUCAUUGUGCUGUUUCUCCUCAGGAUUCUCAAUUAAAGAGGGAAGUUAAACCUUUUAACAUGCUAGAGAAAGUCUGAAGCAACUGACGAGAGAAAAACUAAGGAAUGAUAACUACAAGUGAGGCAAUCCUAUUGUUCCAAUUAGAACCCUGCCUGAAGAGAUUUGACUCUGUAGAUAUAGGAAUAUGUAAACUAGUGGCAAACUAUAUACAAUCACAUUUUGCAACUAUCAAACAUAGUUAUCAGAAUAAAAUAAAUUACAAUUUCACCAGACCCUUGAUUCUAGUGCAUGAAUUUCAUUAUUCAUGACAUUAAAUAGAGAACUGCGGAUAAUGGUUUAUAGUGUUUAGAAUUUUACAGCUCAGCUAAGAGAAGAAGCAGUAGCCUACAUAUUUUAUUUUUAACAUAGUGUGAAAAGUAUUUAGAUAUAAUGAAAGGAGCACAGUAUUGGUCAGGUUGAACAGGAAUCUUAGCCAGAAGUAUUCUCCUAGUAGUCAGGUGGGCCAGAAUUGAACCCACGGGAAAAUUCAUCCUAGAAGGUUUUGGCAUCAAGGCACGCCUUUUCUCAGCUUGGCAGAGUGUCCAGGCAAAGCCAUGUGGUUUCUGAGUAUGAAUUUCAAAGAAAAAAGUCAUCUAGAGAGGAAUAUUGCUGUUACAAGUAAAUGUAAGUGUCCUCUGAUGUAUGAGCUCUGGUGGCCUCUGUCUGGUGAGUUUCCCACAUUGGCUUUCAUGGAUAUGUAUGGGUAUGCCUGGUGUGUAUGCCUUAAAAAUCCUAGGCUCAUCUGGUACAUUCCAUAUGCCUCUACCUAAACUGUAACCAUUAGAAAGGGCUUACUGUAUACACACUGUCAGAUCUCCACAUGCAAGCCUGGAGCCUGAAGGUCUGAAGUCCUGCCUGUCCUGGCUGAUGUCUCCCACCCUCUGCCUGCAUUCUCCAUUGUCCCUGAUCGCACAGCCGAGCUUUCCCGGACAAGUCCCUCACCCAACCCUGCCAUCUUGACUGUUCUUCUGAUAAUGUAAAUAGCUCUCACCCAACCCUGCCAUUGUAACUGACCUUGUGGUCAUGUAUACUCCUUGCCCCUACCCCCCAAAAAUACCCCAACCUAUAAAGCCAAUUCCCACCUUAGCCGCUUCACCUGUCCUUUCUCAGAUUCCGCCCACUUGCACCCAAGCAAGACAUAAAACAGCCUUGUUGCCCACACAAAGCCUGUUUGGAAGAUCUCUUCAUUAAAUGCACUUAAUAUUCGGUACUAUUGGACACGAAUAACACACGCCUGGAAAGCAAUUUCACUGAGUGGGCCUCAUCACUCUAUACAUUAAUCUCCUUGCUCUAGCAUCCAAUUGCAUUGGGUUGCUAGGUAUUAAUAUGCCUUGUUUUAUUUGUACUGACAUACAAAUAAAAGUGAUGGUGAGAACCUGGCUCAGGAAAUGCAAUAGCAGGCCAUAUUGCAUCCAAAGGUGAGUGCUCUGUAAUAGGUGCGAUAGUCAGUGUAAGGGUAUAAGCAUGAGUUUGAGUUAUCAGGGACAGGUGCGUUUGGCCAGGAGCCUAUCGCUGAGUAUGGGUGACCCUCCAUGAGUGGUUCUGUAUGGGGAUACACGUGCACACAUGGCUUUGAAUGACUCCCUUCAGUAUGUAUUAGCGGGUUUAUCGUUUGUUUUCUGGGUAGAGCUCACGAGUCUGAACUAGCUGCUGACUGACCCUUUUCUCCACGUGUGCGAUGGUUAGAUAGAGUGUGCCCAGAGAACCUCCUUCCCAGAAAGCCAAACUGGUUAAACUGGCUGCUCCCUGAAUGAAAAUAAUUACUUCUGAUAAUCCAGUAAAAAGGAAGCAAACAAAAGAAAAAUAAGAGUGAGAAUAGCAGUGAUAAAUCUUCUUACAGCCUCCAGGAGGUCAGCCUGCUGAUGCAAUGUUUUCUUUUUCAGACCUUCUUCUUUGUGCGCCCUCUCAAGGCUUUGUUUCUUUACAGUUUCAUCACUAGUGCCUGUCGUUCCCUGUGGCCUCGAGAAUUGUGGAAACUUCCUCAGCCACCUUUCUCCUUGCCUUUUUGGUAGAGGAAUAGUUAGAUAGCAAAGUCCACCGCAUCCAGUGAACUUUGCUAUCUAACUGUUCAUCGACGUCUUAGCUCCCAUUCUAUGUGCAAACCCACAGAGAAGAAUUCCCCUCGUCUGUGCAAUUUUCCACCCACUGGCUCCUUUGCUGUUCACCUGGGCUCUGUCAACCAACCACACACUUUGUCUCUCUUGAGUUGUAAGGGAAUUGUUUAGCUAUUGAACAAGUUCAUGGUGCUCCAGGAAGAAGAAAACCAGUAAGGCAGAAUUUGGGAGGCUUCUUUACGUAAGUCUUUCAGGCACUGAGAGACUCUGCCUCAGUAAAUAACAUUGUGGUUAUUGGUAAUAAAACAAUGCAUAAUGCAAUGAUAGAGGACAGCAUACGUAAGUCUUUCAGGCACUGAGAGAUUCUGCCUCAGUAAAUAACAUUGUGGUUAUUGGUAAUAAAACAAUGCAUAAUGCAAUGAUAGAGGACAGCAUAAUGUGGCUAAUUUAACACCUGGACCAUAUAGUAGCAUAUUAUAUAAGCUAUACUUCUGAUUUGUGUUUUAUGUUUUUAUCAAGUCACUACAAAACUGGAUCACAUAUUUAGAAUGAUAUUCCAAAAUGAAAUAUCAUUUUGGAGAGGUAUGGAAGAGUAGUAAACAUGAGUCUCUUUGGAAAGAAGGAACCAAAUUUCUGGGGGUGUUACUGAAAUAUGUACUGAUUAUGUUAUAUACACUAACAGAGAUACACGUAAAGAAUCCCUUGCCAGACAAACAAGACACUGACAACUAGAGUCUAUUGGAGGAGAAUUAACAACUUGAUAAAUGGAGAAGAAUCUGGUGGGAGAAAUAUUUUUAUGCCAUACAAUUUAACAUUUCCAUUUUUUGAAUCACAUGAAUGCAUUUUCUAUUUAUUUGAAAGAGGAAGAGAAAGAGACGGUGACUUGGUACUGAUACUCCCUUUAUAUCCUGGUAGGAAUGAGUGUCCAUGUCUAUAUCUGAUAUGAGCAGGGCAAGCACCUUGAAGCUCUGAAGGAUGAGGAAUUAAACAGUUUCUAUUGAUAAAUGCUGUCUGUUCAUUGCUUGUGAGGGUGCGGGUAUUCCAGAGAAAGAAAGCAAAUGUGUAACUUAUAUCCUUUGACAUCCGUCAAUUUUUUAUUCAUUGUCUGAAUUAACUGUAUCUAAAAAUGAAAUUAAAUGUUUUGUUUAGAGUUAGGCAUGGUAGCUCAUGCCUGUAAUUCCAGAGACUCGGGGGGCUGAGGCAGGAGGAUUACUUGAGCCCAAGAGUUUGAGACUUGAAUGAGCCGGGAUCACACCACUGCACUUAAGCUUGAACUACAGUCCAAGGUCCCAACUUUGAAAACGUUUUGCUUAAAAAGUGUAAUGCCCAGCUAAAAAAAUAUAUUAGACAUGCUUAAGACUGUAGGGGAGGCAGAUCAUGCCCACAUAACCCAUGGAUCACAGUUGUUCAGAGGGACGUUGUGAUUCUGUAACUGAUCAUGGGAGCAGAAGUCUCAGGUGGGAGGAGACACUUCCAAAUAAUUUCAGUAGCAAUCGAAUAAAAGGACAAGACCAGAUCAGAGCUGUCUUUACUGUAUAAUAGAGAAGCGAGAAAUGCUGAGAGGAGGAGGAGGUUGGGAGUGUUCUUCCAGCCUGAAAAUCAGCUAAAUAAAGAGACAUAAAUGGAUGACUCAGAGAGGGAAGAAGACAUCCCCGUGGCAAUGGGCGAUGAGAGGGGCAUGACACGGAUGCUCCUGGAAUGCGGUCUCAAUGACAAGUUGUGUGUCAUCCAGGAGAAGCAGUACGAAGUGAUUAUCGUCCCAACUUUCUUGGUUACUAUCUUCCUCAUCCUUCUUGGGGUCAUCCUGUGGCUUUUUAUGAGAGAACAAAGAACUCAACAGCAGCGUCCUGGACCUCAAGACAUUGCCCCUGUCCCUCCAUCUAGGGACCUAAGCUGGGAAGCAGCUGGAUGUGGAGGAAAUGUGGCUUUGCCACUUAAGGAGACAUCUGUGGAAAACUUUCUGGGAGCUACCACACCUGCCCUGGCUAAGCUGGAGGUGCCCCGGGAGCAACUCUCUGAAGUUCUGGAGCAGAUUUGCAAUGGUAGCUGUGGGCCCAUCUUUCGAGCCAGUAUGAACACUGGAGACCCUUCUAAGCCCAAGAGCGUUAUUCUCAAAGCUUUAAAAGAACCAGCUGGGCUCCAUGAGGUACAGGAUUUCUUGGGGCGAGUCCAAUUCCAUCAAUACCUGGGGAAACACAAGAACCUGGUGCAGCUGGAAGGCUGCUGCACCGAAAAGCUGCCACUCUAUAUGGUGUUGGAGGAUGUGGCCCAUGGGGACCUGCUCAGCUUUCUCUGGACCUGUCGCCGGGUGAGCAGUAGCAUAGAGGAUGUGAUGACCAUGGAUGGUCUUCUCUAUGAUCUCACAGAAAAACAAGUAUAUCACAUCGGAAAGCAGGUCCUUUUGGCUCUGGAAUUCCUGCAGGAUAAGCAUUUGUUCCAUGGGGAUGUGGCAGCCAGGAAUAUCUUGAUCCAAAGUGAUCUCACUGCUAAGCUCUGUGGAUUGGGCCUGGCUUAUGAAGUUUACACCCGAGGGACCAUCUCUUCUCAAACCAUACCUCUCAAGUGGCUUGCCCCAGAACGGCUUCUCCUAAGACCUGCUGGCAUCAAAGCAGAUGUAUGGUCUUUUGGGAUCCUGCUCUAUGAGAUGGUGACUCUAGGGGCACCACCGUAUCCUGAAGUCCCUCCUACCAGCAUCCUACAGCAUCUCCAAAGAAGGAAAAUCAUGAAGAGACCCAGCAGCUGCACACAUACCAUGUAUAAUAUUAUGAAGUCCUGCUGGCGCUGGCAUGAGGCUGGCCGCCCCUCACCUAGAGAGCUACGCUUGCGCCUAGAAGCUGCCGUUAGAACUGCAGAUGACAAGGCUGUGUUACAAGUACCAGAGUUGGUGGUACCUGAACUGUAUGCAGCUGUGGCCGGCAUCAGAGUGGAAACCCUCUUUUACAAUUAUAGCAUCCUUUGAAGAGUCCCAGACAAGAAACAUUCAUGCAUGAUUAUAUGUUCUUGGACUCAAUUCCUCUAAGAACAGAGAAUGGUGGUUCCAGGAGAUACAAAGGGAGAAAUGGAACAUGGAUUCUUGAUCUUCCUUCGCACAUUUCUCUGGAAAUCUGAAAUGACAUUGGAUGAGACUCUACGCACCAUACACGCUGAGCUGAGACACAUUUUCGGUCUCACUUCUGCUGCCCCGGUCCUAGAAGCACUGGGUGGAAGUGGUGGACAUGUGCAAAAGAGGUUUUAGAACUCUGCAGUCUUUCUUGGGCAUGACAGAAAUAAGCUCAUCCCUCCCAUCCUAGGCUAGUUUUCUCUGGAACCACAUUUUUAUCUAGAUGAUUAAAAGGUCCAGAAAAUUUGGAAUGAAAUGAAGGAAUAGAAAUCCAAUAAAAGAGUUGAAGGGAAAGGAAAUUUAAGGUUCUGCUUGCUCAGGAUUACAGAUGUGGACCAACACCUCCUUUGGAGAAAAGGUGGUAGGACACCUGAUCCUUCUUCAGUCCUGAUCCCUACCUAUAGGGUUGGAAGAGAACUAUAAUCGAAAACCUCUGAGUUUCCCCUUAAGUUUAGAUAAAACAAAGAUGGUCCCCUUUUAUCUGAUUCUGAGACAUGUAAACUCUGUUAGUACUUUUUAAUGAGAAGGUGGAGGAGUCAUUUCAUGAUUAAGAACAUUCAACAUGUAUUGUUCAUUGAACUAGCUUCCUAGUUCCGAUUAGACUAAGGAGAUUAAGCCUAGAGAGUCAAUGUUAGAAUAGUGAUAAAAACGCUGUGUGUGCAUGUGUGUGUGCACAAUCAAGAGGGAAUAUAGACACUAAGCGAGAAGGCUUAGCAGCCCAGUCUUUAACAAGGGCUAGAAAAGAAUGUCAUCUUAUAUGGAAGGAUAGUAGCUUCUCAUUUUCAAUCAUCCAUUGAUAUACUGUGAAACUUGUUUUAUUAAAUUAAUAUUUAUUGAAUGGAAAUACGUUUUUCUGGUUUACAACUACUAAAAAUCUCUGUCAUGGGGAGGAUACAAUAAAUGGAAGUUAAUCUCAGUAGAAAAAUGAAAAGGAUUCUUUAUGUGCAAAUGAGGAUAAUAUCUAUCUCACAAGGUUGUUCUGAAUAUUGAGUAUGUAUUUGGACAGUAUCAGGCACAUAUAUGCUCAAUAAAUGUGCUUCUCCUUUUCUUUCGCCCUUCCUAA